CAGCUUCUUGCUCGCCCGCCCGCCCGCUCCCUUGCUCGCUCGCGCUCUCCUCGCGGAUCGAAGGGGCUCUGGCCACAGCCUGCGGCUGGGAAGGGAGACAGAGGCGGCGGCUCAGGGGGAACGAGGCGGCGGCGGCGGCGGCGGUGGUGGGAAGAUGUCGGGCGAGGACGAGCAGCAGGAGCAAACUAUUGCCGAGGACCUGGUCGUGACCAAGUAUAAGAUGGGGGGCGACAUCGCCAACCGGGUACUUCGGUCCUUGGUGGAAGCAUCCUGCUCAGGUGUGUCGGUACUGAGCCUGUGUGAGAAAGGUGAUGCCAUGAUUAUGGAAGAGACAGGGAAAAUUUUCAAGAAAGAAAAAGAAAUGAAGAAAGGUAUUGCCUUUCCCACCAGCAUUUCAGUAAAUAACUGUGUAUGUCACUUCUCCCCUUUGAAGAGCGACCAGGACUAUAUUCUCAAGGAAGGUGACUUGGUAAAAAUUGACCUUGGGGUCCAUGUGGAUGGCUUCAUCGCUAAUGUGGCUCACACUUUUGUGGUUGAUGUAGCUCAGGGGACCCAAGUAACAGGGCGGAAAGCAGAUGUCAUUAAGGCAGCUCACCUUUGUGCUGAAGCUGCUCUACGCCUGGUCAAACCUGGAAACCAGAACACACAAGUGACAGAAGCCUGGAACAAAGUUGCCCACUCGUUUAAUUGCACACCAAUAGAAGGUAUGUUGUCACAUCAAUUGAAGCAGCAUGUCAUCGAUGGAGAGAAAACCAUUAUCCAGAAUCCCACAGACCAGCAGAAGAAGGACCAUGAAAAAGCUGAAUUUGAGGUACAUGAAGUAUAUGCUGUGGAUGUUCUUGUCAGCUCAGGAGAGGGCAAGGCCAAGGAUGCAGGACAGAGAACCACCAUUUACAAACGAGACCCUUCUAAACAGUAUGGCCUAAAAAUGAAAACUUCACGUGCCUUCUUCAGUGAGGUGGAGAGGCGUUUUGAUGCCAUGCCAUUUACUUUAAGAGCAUUUGAGGAUGAGAAGAAGGCCCGGAUGGGUGUGGUGGAGUGCGCCAAACAUGAACUGCUACAGCCAUUUAAUGUUCUCUAUGAGAAGGAGGGUGAAUUUGUAGCCCAGUUUAAAUUUACAGUCCUGCUCAUGCCCAAUGGCCCCAUGCGGAUAACCAGUGGUCCCUUUGAGCCUGACCUCUACAAGUCUGAGAUGGAAGUCCAGGAUGCAGAGCUAAAGGCCCUCCUCCAGAGUUCUGCAAGUCGGAAAACCCAGAAAAAGAAAAAAAAGAAGGUAGAGGGAGAGUCACUCAAGUAUUUUCUGAACAAAAUGCAUUGUGGCCAGGAACCUUGCGACAUUCAGCCUCAGGUACUGUGGGGAAAGACCAUAGUUAAGGAAAAAGCACUGAUUUAAGUGACAAAGGCCUCUAUAGUAUGGCGGCCUCCUGGACUCCCCACUUAGCAACCCUCCAUGUCCUGUAACUUAGAGCAUUUGUAAAUCUCCGAGAUAAGAUCUCCCUACGGCAAUUUAGAAAAUAAACCAGUAAACCAAACCAGGAAUUUUUAGACUCCGUACCUAGCCUUAAUAAAAUGGACGGCGUCGCCAGGAAACUGCAACUCCCAAGAAGCAGUGAGGGAAGGCGGAAGUCUGCGCCUCUCCGUCCCACGUUGGAAAUACGCGCUCACGUUGAAAUGAUACAUUAAAAUGGUCCUCAUAAAAAAAUUAAAAAAAAAAAACAGAGGAG